UUUUUUUGUAUUGUUUUCGUUUUUUCGUUUUCUGAUUGGAAACCCCAACCCCACACACUUUGAUCAAUGCUGACUUCCACUACGGCGCGUCUUUUGCUUGCCUCGCGCGCUGCUUCGGCCUCUGUUGCAUCUGCUGCUUCUGCUGCUAUGGUUGGCGCUGGCCGCCGAUCCGUCACGACGGCUGCCGUGGCUGCAGCAACAACGAGCAGCAGCGCGCUGACCGCGCAAACCGCACAGAGCGGCCGUGGUUCUGCGCCUCUGCUGCCGGCCGCCACGUCGUCGCGCGGCGUGCAGACCUCUGCCAAGACGAGCAUGUCUGCGGUCGAGCCGAACGCCGAGGAGGAGAAGGAGAAGCAGCCGUUCACGGAGCUGGUGCGCGACUUCCUCGACCCUGGCGACUUUUACAAGCAGGUCAACAAGAUUGGAGUGGACUUUUUCACGGGCGUUCCAGACUCGCUCCUCAAGGACUUUUGCGCCUACGUGACGGCCAACACGCCCAGCGACCACCACGUCAUCACGGCCAACGAGGGCAAUGCUGUCGCGCUCGCCGCAGGCCACCAUCUCGCCACCGGCAAGAGCGGCCUCGUCUAUCUCCAGAACUCGGGCCUGGGAAACAUUGUCAACCCGCUCAUGUCACUGGCUGUGCCGGAGGUGUAUAGCAUCCCUAUGCUGCUGCUGAUUGGCUGGCGCGGCGAGCCCGGCAAGAAGGAUGAGCCGCAGCACUUGGUGCAGGGCCAAGCCACCCCUGGCCUCCUUGCAUCGCUCAACAUUCCGUUCCAGGUGCUGCCCGACUUCCAGGAGGGCGCGGCCAAGGUGCUGGAGACUGCGCGCCAGUACAUGGAGCAAAACCACGGCCCGUACGCCAUUCUUGUUCGUCGCCAGACCUUUUUGCCGUACAAGCUCAAAUCAGACAAGGGCAGCUUCCCGCUCAACCGCGAAGGCGCGCUCAAGCUUAUUGUUGACACGCUCUCGGCCCGCGACAUUGUUGUUGGCACGACUGGUAUGCUCUCGCGUGAGCUCUUCGAGUACCGCGUUGCCAAAAAGCACGGCCACGAGAAGGACUUUUUGACCGUGGGCUCGAUGGGCCAUGCUAGCGCCAUCGCAUUGGGCAUUGCCCUUGCCCGACCUGUUCGGCAAGUGUACUGCCUCGACGGCGAUGGUGCCUUGCUCAUGCACAUGGGCACCAUGGCCACCAUUGGCCACUCUGGCGUCAAAAACCUCAAGCACAUUGUCAUUAACAACGGCGCACACGACUCGGUUGGUGGCCAGCCUACCUGCGCACUCAACGGCAGUCUCAGUAUCACCGGCGUGGCCCAAUCCAGCGGCUACCGAUUCGUCGAGACCGCCUCCGAAAUUGACGACAUUCGCGCCAAGCUCAAGCUGCUCCACGAAGCCCAAGGGCCCGCGCUUUUGGAGAUUUGCGUCAACCGAGGCGGCCGCAAGGACCUCGGCCGACCCACUCGCUCGCCCGUCCAGAACAAGCAUGACUUUAUGGACUUUGUGCAGUCCGAGUACUAAAAAGCAAGAAACAACAAAUUCAUCUGUUCUUUGUCCGAUUUCUCCAUGUCUGUCUCUCGCCUGGUGCUGCUUGUCCUUUUGUUUUUUCGGUUUCUUUUCGGAUUAUCCCCUUUCAUUCUGUUGUUAAAACACGCGAUUUCACCAUGUUGGAUUUUGUAUUUUGGCAAUCGAAAUCAUGUACUUUUUUGAAAAACUAAAUCUUCACUACAUUUCCAC